AUGAAAGAAAUCCUCUCUCUGAAUUUUGGACAAGCUGGAUGUCAAAUAGGAAACUCUAAUUACCAUCUCUUUGCACAAGAGUAUGGAAUGAUGAUUCCAUGUAGAGACCAUCACAAGGAUUCUCAUCACCAACACCAACACCAACAACCACAACAACAACAAGAAGAAUUAUUCAUGGAUGAGAGAUAUUACAAGGUGUUGUAUGAGGAAUGGGAUCCUGGAAGUGGUUCAGACCAUCAUUCAAGUAGCAUGCAGUCAUAUUAUUAUUAUACACCAAGAAGUUUAUUCAUGGAUUUAGACUCUUCGAAUCUUGAUUCCAUUCGGGUCAGAAAUCGUCAAUCAUCCUCCAAUGCAGUUCAUUAUCGACCUGAUUCAUUCAUUGGUGGUCAAGAAGAUGCUUCCAGUGUUUGUACAAGAGCCAAGUAUUCCAUGGGAAGAAUCCUAUUAGACUCAUGCAUGGAGAGUAUUCGAAAAUAUUUAGAGAGAUGUGAUCGAUUGGAUAGUCUAUGGAUACAUGCUGGUUUGGGAGGUGGCUCAGGUUCAGGUCUUACUUCUCUCAUCAUGGAACAACUUGGUUGUGAUCUCAAUAAGGUUACGAAAAUAUUCAUUCCAGUCAUGCCUUCUCCUCAACGAUCCAAUGUGAUUGUAGAGCCUUAUAAUGUAGUAUUGGGAUUGAAAGAUUUACAUGACAAGGUGGAUGCAUCGAUCGUGUUGGAUAAUGAAGCAUUGUAUCAUUAUGUUUCUCAUUGGAAGAAUGAAGUAGUAGGAGUAGGAAUAGGAGGAAUAGGAGGAGAGGAAUUAAUUAUUCACAAUUAA